AUGGACGCUACUUCUGAAGCAACAAAGGAUUUCUUCUCCGCCGAUCAGUUUGAGCAUUAUAUGCAAGAGUGGUCGAAGCAAAAUGAGGACAGGGAGGCCGUGUACUGUAGAUUACUUCAAAGCUUGAAGAAUGCGAUUAAGGAAAUUGAUCAUCUCAGGAUGAACCUCGAAUCCGAGAUUACAUCUAGACGUCAAUAUCAAAUGCAAAAUUAUGAUCUUGAAGCUAGAAACAAGGAUUAUGAUAGGCAGGCGUCCAGCAAUCCGUACGUCAUUGUACUUGUCGAUGGUGACGGAGCCAAGUUCGAGGAUAGUCUCAUACGAGAUGCCGAGUCAGGUGGAUCGAAAGCAGCAAAUGCACUUAAAAAGCAAGUCGACAGGCAUUUGAGGGGAACGUCACUCGAACAUGGUGUGGAUGUCUUUGCCCGUGUUUACGCAAACUUUCAUGGCCUCGGCAAGGUCCUGCGCCAGUCAGGACUGAUCCGCUACAUCGACGAUUUACAAAAAUUUGCUAGGGGGUUUACAAAUACUAGGCCUGGUUUUGACGUUGUCGACGUCGACUAUGGUAAAGAAAAUGCUGACUCUAAGAUAAGACAUCUAUUGAAAUGGCAUUACAUGGACAGUCGUUGCAAAAAGAUUUUCCUGGUCGUUUGCCAUGAUGCUGGCUACGUUCACGAUCUGCGCCCACUUCUCGACGAGAACAGCGAUCGCAUUGUUCUCGUCGAAACAACGCCAGCGGAGCCGGCGUUCGAAAGUUUGGGUCUUUCUGUAACGCAAUUUGAAGACGUCUUUCGCGAUGCACCACUGGAGCCUGGGGCAGGUCUUCAUACACCGUCGUCACCCGUGCAAAAAGCACCAAAUCAACUUGCCGGGGCAACACCUUCUCAAAGAUCGGCCGUGGCCGGCGCCCAGCCCGAGCGUCAUGGCAGCGUCGAACAGCGAUCCGGUAGCUACGCGAAGGUCUGUGGCGACAACAGACACCAAAACAUUGUACUUAGCAAAGGCAACAAACGAAGGCCCCUGGUGAUUAAUUUGAACGAAGACGGCAAUCGCAUUGAUGCAUCAAUUCAGAAUGCGUUCAACGCCGAGACGAGGGCAACAUACCGUCAGAAAUUGGCAAAGGCCAAGAAAGGUGCAUUUUGCAAUAGGCACUACCUGCAAAACGGAUGCGAGUGGGGGCCCAAUUGCAUCAUGGAACAUGCCAUGGAGCUCACUCUCGAGGAAUUGGAUUUUCACCGCUUCAAGGCGCGCACUGGGCCGUGCCCGUAUGGGCCGACCUGCACUGACAUGCAUUGCUCGCGUGGCCAUCAUUGCCCACUGGAUCCAUCUUGCGAGCGGCGCGAUUGUCAAUUUCGUCGCUCCGGAUUUGGCGACUUGCAUCUUAGCCGGGAAAAAAUGAAAGCAGUAAAACGCAUGGUUGAGGGUGCGUCCUUCCCAGAGCAAAUUUGA